UUUGAAUCGGGCGUUGAUACCGGGAAUGGAGGAUACGACGAGGCUCACCGAUCCGGAGGACGAACGCCGGCGAGAAAACGAGAAGGUGGAGGCGAAGCGGAGAGCGAGCCCGAACGGCGGCCAAGCAAGAUUGUCGAAGCAAGAGUUCGGGGAUGACGAGUACAGCACGGAUAGCGGGUGCAGCAGCGGGGGGAGCAGCGGAAGCGCGGAGAGAUUGUCGCGUCGCGGAAGUAGCGAGCGACUGUGCCGCGCCGCGAGAUUAUCGAGGACCCACUGCUACUUGGACAGGCUUCGUGGCCGGCCGACCCGCUCCCAGGAGAAGCUCUCCUCGGUUCAAAGAAGCUCGGCGCGUGUUCGUGCCAAAUCCUCCCGCUCGUGGAGCCCGGGGGACGUGAGGGGGGGCGUCGGGAGGACGUCCGAGUCUCUCUCCUACUCCUCGACCCCCUCGGACGCGCACAGCAGCACCGACUCGUUGAAGAGAUCGAGCACCACGGACGUCCUACGAAAGGCCCUUCAAACGCUCAAGAUAUCCGCGAAAUGGGAGGAGAAGAAGAACAAGCACGCGAAAAAGAGCCCGAAACGGAUACUUCGCAGCCCGGUCGCCUACACGUACGUGAAGGGCCUUUCGGGCCUGCCGACCCAGAGGGUUCCAAGGAGGGUUGCCCAACAAUUGGCGAUGCCCUGCUCCUGUCAAAAUUCCGUCGGUAUAUACCGAUAA